AUGCUUUUCUUUUUGAUUUCGAAACUUGCUUUAUCAUCAAAAACAGUAAACAUGAUAGCAGAAGGUUUCGAUUCGACGAUUGAAGCAGAAACAUUUACUUUUGUCGAUGAAAAUUGUCCUUAUUAUUCAUAUGAAAUGAAACAAUUAUUCGACAAUCACAAAAUCACAACUAUUUCUGAUGUUAUUAACUAUUCACAGCAAAUUUUACCACAUCCAUGGAUAAAUCUCCUUAAUUUUUCUCUUCAUUCAAAAUUUUAUAAACCAAAAUCAAGUACUAAAUACAAUAUUACAACAAAUUCUCAUCAAAGUAAAGGAUGGGGUAUAUUUGCAACUCAAGACGCACCAGAUUACGAUAGAAAUAACAUAAAAAUGAAAAUUUUAUCUUCAUUUUCACGUUUUAAAGACUCAAUGGAAAGGAUAUUAUUCAUAAAAGAUAUGCUAAAUAAGUUAUCCGUAUAUCUUCCAGUCUUAAGUGAAAUGUCUGUCGAUAAUUACGUGAAAAAUCAGUACGAAAGAGCUCUUCCUCAAUCAAAUCCUUUUGUUCUUGUUAAUGGUCAACAAGUCAAGCAUGAUUACUACAGUAUUUCUCGUGCUAUUAUUGAUGAGACAAAAUUUUAUGAAACAACUGUCAAAAACUUACAUUUACCAUCCGGAGUAUUCAAAAACAUAUCUCACGGAUUGAAUUUCUACACAACAAACCACUAUACAAGGCAGCCAGACAUAAGUUUAGGCUGUAUUUUGUUAAAUCCUUCAGAAAAGUACCAUGAGAAGCCAAUACCGCAAUCAUUAGACUUAUCUUCUCAUGUUGGUUUGUUAGCAACACCUACAGACAAAAUUCGUGUAAAUAUAUUUUUUGAUAUUUCAUCUCCUGAAGCUCUAGCGCUCAUAAACUACGCGUUUGAGAUGGAAAAGAAAGAUAUGCAGAUGACUUUGAAUCUUUAUCCAAUUGCACAACGAAAUAAUCCAAAAGAAGAACAAAUCAUGCUUGGAUUCUAUCAUAUUCGUAAUACAUUGUCAAUGAGAGGUUCUAUAUUGUAUUUGUACACUGGUUUAAAGGAUGGCAACUACAGAAAAGCUUUUAAAGAAGCAUUUCCCUCAAUUAAGUGGGAAGAAUUGAAUUCCACGCAAGAUACAGCAUACAACAUGGAAGAAAUAAGGAAGAUGCAAGAUUACAAGGAAGAAAUCGGUCUUGGAAGCUCAGAAAUCCAAAUUAACGGAAGAUUUGUAAAAGAUUCUCCGAAAUUCCUUUCAGUAAGUGAUGAAGUAGAGUUAGAACUAGAAAGACUGGUACAAAUAGCAAGAUUCGGCAUGAUUGACGUAAAAACUGAUUGGAAAGAAUAUUAUAUCGAAAAAGGUAUCGAGAUUUCGAAGAAAGAACCACCAAUGAAGCUAGACAAUUCAGAUUUAGUAUCUUUGGUCGAUCUUUCAAGCGAAGAAAUCUCAAAUGCUUGUGAUGAAAUUUCGAAAGCUGCAAUUAACAAAGAUUUUGUUUAUAAUACAUUUGUUUGUUUCAUAGGAUAUAAUGAAGAAGUCAAUUUCCCUUCAACAACAAUUUCUGUCAUUAAAAAACCGUCAGAAAUUUUAUCACACAUUGUCAGGUCCAAAAACAAAGAAGCCACAAUUAUUGGACCAUUUGUAUUUGAUAGAAGAUUAUCUGCUGAUGAAAUAGAAUAUGUUUUGCGUGUUUAUCAAAUUGAGUAUUUCCAAGUAAUUCCAGAAAUGGAUCUAAAACAAAGAAUUGCUGUCACGUUUUUCAGAGGAAAUGACCACAGAAUGGGAAUUUCGAGAUAUGAUUGUUCAGCAGGGUAUUCCAUUGUAGAACAUGAUCCGCAAAACCCUCUACAGAUUUGUAUAAACAUGGGAAUUUUCGAUGAUGAAUUUCCUGUUGUUUUGGACGCUGCUCUUUCAAUUGCUCAGUCUAAAUUGGCCGGUGUCAGAAUUAUGUCACUUUUUGAUGAUGAAAACAUCGAAGAUAUCGAAUUCGAUGUAAAAAUUAAGAAUUUUUAUUUGCCUGACGAUACAGGAAAAGUGACAUAUGAAGGUGACUUCACUUCACUUAUAUAUCCAAGAACAUCGUGGGGAGUUGAAGAAACUCAAAAAGAAAAAAUUUUUACGAUAAAGUCUAUCGUCAAUGACGGUUUUGCCAGAUACAAAGAUUAUGUUGUCGCGAACAAAGUAAUGAAGCCAAUACAAGAUGAUGGCUGGAUACCUGUCUCUGCGCCUGUUGGUGUCUAUAAAGAUUUUGCAGUUGAUUCUUGGGUUCCUCUCCAAAAAUUUGUAAAGGGAAAUAAAGGUGAACCAAAAAGUGAUAAAAAAGACGAUAGACUUUCACAUGUUGUUACAUGUUUAACACCUGAAACGUACUUCAUGUCCAUGGAAACAAUGAAAAGUAUUGUUAAUCAAAGUAACGUAUUUUUGCACGUUUUUUGUUAUAUGCCAUUUGACAAAACUGUUUUUGGUAAUCAAAAAGUUGAGAUAAUUCCUUUCUAUACACAUCCAUCGUUUAAAUACGAUAUUCUUCCAUCAUUUAUCUGGCAAUACGGUAAGCAUGCAAUUGCUGGUUUCGCAUGUCCUCAAAUAGACAGGGUCAUGGUGUCAGACCCCGAUAUUUUUUGGGAUAAAGAUUGUUCGAAAUUCAGAAAAAUUGACAUGAAAAACUGUGUUUUAGCUGUUCCUAAAUUCACGUCAUCUAAAACAGCAAUGGCAAAUGAAUACUGGAACACACCACACGCUGUUAGCAUGAGAAUGGGAAGGCCUUUCUUGAAUCCUUCAGCUGUUAUCUACGACAUGAAAAAAUUUGUUUGGGAAUCUGACGCUUUUGAUUUGUCACUUUUUUAUUUAAAGAGAAAGAUUUAUAGUGGAAAAUUGAGUUUGGGCCAGAAAGGAGAAGACUUCAUUAACUACUUGCAGAUGAAAGUACAGAUUAUGACAUUGGAUCCGCAGAUUGGAGUCAUCAAAUCUCAUUCCACUGAAGAUGAAUUUUCAAACGCUGUUUCUUAUAGUAUUAGCAGCGAAGAUUUUGUUUAUGAUACCGAAUUGUAA